ACACCAUUUAGGUUGGUGUGCCAACCCCCACAAAACAACAGAAGAAGAAAAAGAAGAAGAAGGUGACGUCAUCGCUGUAGGUUACUUUACGUUGUUAUAAUUAAAAUAUAUAGUUUAACUGUUACUGCCAAAUAAUUCAUAUUGAGUCUGUGAGUAGCCACGAGGGACCUUUUAAAUCCACCAUCAAAGAUCUGCUUCUGUCUCACAGCAAAUCAUCUUCCGUGAAGCUCCUCCUACAGGAAUAUUUUCAUCAGCCUACAUGUGAAUAAGAGAGUUCAUGAAAGAACAGUGAGAACAUGAGUGAUCCAGAGUCCUGCAGAAUGGAAAAUGAAGAAACUGAAGAACAAAGAGACCUGAUGGAAGAGAAUGAGGAGAGUGAAGAACUGAGUGAAGCGGAGGAGAAACAUCAUCAUGUCAAAACUGGAGAAAAAUCUUUGAGUUGCUCACAGACUGAAAGAAGAGCCAAAAAAUCUUUCACUUGCUCUCAGUGUGGAAAGAGUUUCCCAUACAAACAAAGUCUUAAGCUUCACAUGAAAAACCACAAAGGAGAGAAUCCACACACAUGUGAUCAGUGCGGGAAGAGUUUUACACAAAAAGCAGGCCUUAAGGAACACAUGAGGAUCCACACUGGAGAGAAGCCGUACACAUGUGAUCAGUGCGGGAAGAGUUUCAGAAAGGCAGACACUUUUAAGUUACAUCUGCGUUAUCAUUCUGGAGAAAGACCGUUUAUCUGUGAUCAGUGUGGUAAACAUUUUUUUAGGGGAGAUGCGCUGAAGAACCACCUGAAAGUUCAUUCAGAGGAGAAGCCUCAUGUGUGUUCUUUGUGUGAGAAGAGUUUUAGGGAGCUGGCUUCUUUAAAAAAACACCAGAAAAGACACAGCGGAGUGAAGAAUCAUAUGUGCUUCGAUUGUGGAAAUACCUUUUUUGAUGGUGCUCAACUGAAACGGCACCAGAGGAUCCACACUGGAGAUAAACCUUACAAGUGUUCAUACUGUGACAAGAGAUUCAGUCAGUCAGAACACCUGAAAACACAUGAGAGGACCCACACUGGAGAGAAGCCUUUCACAUGUGAUCAGUGCGGGAAGAGUUUUGCGCGGAAAGGACACCUUAAGGGUCACAUGAAAAUUCACAGAAAGAAGUUGCAUCACUGCCCUCCUUGUGGGAAAAGUUUUGCUUCUUCGUCUUCUCUACUGAAACAUACAAAAAACAAAUGUCUAACAUCGCAGUAAGCAGUUGAACUUCAGAACCAGCACUUUGAAGUGCAACGCUGCCCUGUGGUCUAAGAUUUUUUAUUUUUUUAUUUUGCCACUGUAGAAAAUAAUUUUUCUGAUCACGACUUUUAUUCGGGGUUGGUUUGGGGAAUAAUCACUGGAGUGCAGUGCAGUACUGGAAUUUCACUGGUUUAUCGCCUUUUUUGUUAGUGAGGGCAUACAAAGUUGAUUUUUGUUGAACUUAAAUGUCUAUUUAAAUAAUGGGUUCUACUUUUUCUGAAAACAAUUGUCAAUCAAGUAGAAUUUUUCUAUAAAGUCCUGGUGGUCCCUGUCCUCCAUAUAUGUCUGGCUUAAACCUCUUUAAUAAGGACAACUAGAGGUUUGUUACAAUACCAUGUUUGGGCAUUGCUGGAAUUAUCUGUUACCCUGUCAGAACCUCUGAUUACAAGUACUGGUGUAUUUUUAGUUUGAGGAUGGAUCCUCAAACACAUUUUAUACGGCAUUUGGAAAUGUGGAGAAUUUGAACUUUGACUUCUGGUCUUCAUUGAGCAUAUGGUUUCUUUAUGGGUUCUCACUGGCUCCUCUUUUUUAUAUAUAUCCUUCAGCAAGUAAUCACAGAUUAAAUGUGUUGUUCAUUUUAUCAACAACUUUUAUUGGCAGUCUGCUGAAUCUACUUGUAUCAAAAAUACAUAAUUUCAUCAUUUGAAUCAGUUAUAGUAUAAUCAGUUAAAUCUGAAAGCCAAUUAUUAUGAAUACUUUUUGCUAUUUCUAUGUUUUAAACUUCCAGAUAGAUCAUUUUAAACAUCUAAUAAAUUAUAUUUAUUAUACAAAAAAAAUCUUUUUAAUGCAUUAACCUUUUGUCCACUUUCAACCACUUCUGUCCUCAUUUUACUUUAAUUUUAGACCUGAUGGAAGAGUAAAAGGACAAUGGAGGAGAAACUUCGAGUCGAUCGCAGACUGGAAUUAAUUUUUCACUAAAAUAGUAAAAAAAAAAAAAAAAGUGUUCACCUGAUCUCUGCUUGUUAACAGUUUCACACACAACGCCUCACAUGUGUUCUUUGUGUGGAGCUUAAUGCAUUUGAUAAAAAAGUUAGUUUGAACUUUGUUCUUAUUUUAUUCUGCUGUUCUCCUGUUACAGUAGUUAUGAAACAUACAAGACUAACUGAUACACAAACUGGCUGCACAUCAAUCUUGUAUCUCCAGAUAAUAAACAUGUUCCAUUAACCAAAGGCUACAGCGGGUUUCACGUCGACUCAGAAUCUGAGCAGGUAAGUGUCACAGUGCAUGAAGUGGCCAUCUGAUAGUCCAUCUGUGGGUUUUCUUUAUUGUUUUUCAUUAUUUUUUUUAGUAAAAAUGCACUAGAUUUUCAAUGUUGUGUCUGUAGCUCCCUCUGGUGGUGUAUUUUUUGUCAGAGUAUUAUAUGCUUUAAAAAUUCAUUGUACACUAAUCUCUUUUAAAGUCCUGCAAUGUUCAGACACACACAUCAAGAAUCAAAGUAUGAAUCUCAGUAAUGGUGACAUGCUUCAUGCCGCAGUACAUUUUGGGUGCAUCAUACAAAACUCAUCCAUGGCUCCCAGAAUGCACUGCAGCAUGUCACCAUUGUUGAGAUGCAUACACUGAUUCUUGAUGUGGGUGUGUGUCUAAAACUCACAAGAGUUUAAAAGUCUUUUGUGUAUGCAGUGUUUUUAAGCUCAUUCAUCUUUUCUGAUUGAAAUUGUGCUGAAUUUUAUUCUAGAAUUACAAUAAAACAAAGUUUAUUCA